AAAAUUAUGAAAAAAAAUUGCCUCUUGAAAAAAAUAAAAAAUAAAAAAUUAUUUAUUCAUUUAUUCGGUGAAUUUUUUUUUUUGUUAACUUCAAAUGAAAAAAAAAUAAUCACUGACGUGGCCAAGCAGAGAGAGAGAGAGAGAAAGAAGGAGGUCAGGUUUUUAUUGGAUUCUGUGUACGUCUGCUUUGUGCUCUUUAGCCAGCCUUCCGCUCCUCACCUCACCGGACCUAUCCCUCUGUCACUGUCUGCGACAUCUCUCCGUCGUCCGCCCCCGACCGACAGAAAGCUCCCUCUCUGGUAGACAACAGCAGCGCUGCUGCUGCUCCUAAACGUCCCUUCGCUGCUUCCCCUCGACGCUACUCCCAAACACAUCCUUCCUUUCUCGCCUGCUAUUAAAUGGCAUCAUAAAUAUUUCGCACAGUUGCCGUUGCCGGCAGCAAGUACCGCCUCCCCUCGCUUCUCUUCCGUCUGCUUACUCAGAGCUUUCUGCUGUUGCUAUCUUCCUCCCCAUUCACACUACCUUCGCCCAUAUUUUGCACCUCUCACUGUUUUGUCAUCAUUUCUCCUCGAACACUGUCACACCAUUGCGAUAAAAAAGCUACUUCUUUCCAUCUCAGCCUGUACGACUGCUCCCGUCUUCAAGCGAAACAGGGGCUCUUUUAGCUCCCCCUGCUUCAAGACCCAUCCCAUUUCCCGUCCUCUCAUUUCAGCCGGAACCGAAAGAGAGCAGAGCUCCUCCGGUUGCCAUUCGGCGGAAGCAACAGCGGCGGCGAAGGAGAUGAUCUCCGCCGCUGACCUUUACCACGUGCUGGUGGCCGUGGUGCCACUGUACGUGGCCAUGAUCCUGGCCUACGCUUCCGUGAAGUGGUGGUGCAUCUUCACCCCAGACCAGUGCUCCGGCAUCAACCGCUUCGUGGCCCUCUUUGCUGUCCCCCUCCUCUCCUUCCAUUUCAUCUCCACUAACAACCCGUAUGCCAUGAACUACCGCUUCAUCGCCGCAGAUACGCUGCAGAAGCUCAUCGUGCUCGUCGUGCUUACUGUGUGGACCAAGGUCUGCUCCCGUGGCUGUCUCGAGUGGACCAUCACCCUCUUCUCCCUCUCCACACUCCCAAACACCCUCGUCAUGGGCAUCCCCCUCCUCAAGGGCAUGUACGGCCCCGACUCCGGCAGCCUCAUGGUGCAGAUCGUCGUGCUCCAGUGCAUCAUAUGGUACACCCUCAUGCUCUUCCUCUUCGAGUACAGGGGUGCCAGGCUCCUUAUCAUGGAUCAGUUCCCGGACACCGCCGGUUCCAUCAUCUCGUUCCGGGUGGACUCCGACAUCAUCUCCCUCGAUGGCAAGGAGACGCUCCAGACGGACGCGGAGGUCGGCGACGACGGAAAGCUCCACGUCACGGUGCGUAAGUCGACGAGCUCCCGUUCCGAGAUCUGCUCCAGGAGGUCACACGGGCUCAACUCCGGCGGCAUCUCGAUAACGCCGCGCCCCUCCAACUUGUCCAACGCAGAGAUUUACUCCCUGCAGUCAUCAAGGAACCCGACGCCCCGGGGCUCCAGCUUCAACCACGCCGAUUUCUAUUCCAUGGUGAGGAAUGCCAACGGAACUGCCAGCGUCAGCCCGAGGCACUCCAACUCCGGGACCAUGGUGUUCGACGAGGAAAGCGACCUGAGGGCGAGUGGCAUCGCAGCGCCUUGCGGCUAUCCAGCCCCGCCCGCCACCGGAAUAUUCUCGCCGGUCAUGGCGACGAAGAAGGCACGUGCGGCCGAGGGUGGAAAAGACCUGCACAUGUUUGUAUGGAGUUCGAGCGCGUCACCCGUGUCGGAAGGUGGGAUGCAUGUGUUCAGAGACACAGAUUUCGCUAACGAGAAUGGUGGGGCAACUCACGCAGCCGAUCACCAUCACAGAGAGGCCCAUCACGAUGCUUACGAUGUGUACGCCAGAGAUGGCUUCAGCUUCAGGAACAGACCCUUCCAUGGAAUUGAAACGACGCAGAGUGAUGGUCCAAGCCUCUCCAAACUAGGUUCCAGCUCUACCGCCGAGCUUCACCCCAAAGCUGGUGCUGCAGGAAACCCAAAGCCUAAUUCAAUGCCUCCUGCAAGUGUGAUGAGCAGACUUAUACUGAGCAUGGUCUGGCGGAAGCUGAUCAGAAACCCAAACACCUAUUCCAGCCUUCUUGGUGUCAUCUGGUCUCUUGUCUCUUACAGGUUUAUUUAUGGCCUUACAGCCGAGAAUUAUAGCUUGUGGCAAUUCUGUAGCUGCAUUUGCUAUGGCUGUCAGAUUCGUCACUGGUCCUGCUGUCAUGGCUGCAGCUUCCAUUGCGGUAGGCCUGCGUGGAGUGCUGCUACAUGUUGCUAUCGUGCAGGCAGCUCUUCCACAAGGAAUUGUUCCAUUUGUCUUUGCAAAAGAAUACAAUGUGUAUCCUGAUAUUUUAAGCACAGCGGUUAUCUUUGGGAUGCUAAUUGCUCUACCCAUCACCUUGGUGUACUAUAUCUUGCUCGGACUUUGAAGCUCAGCCAUCUAUUAUAAUCAUCAUCGUUCUGACUGAAAUAGUUAGGUUUUGGCAGAUAAUAUAUAUAUAUAUAUAUAUAUCAAUCAUGGCAAGUAGAUUAGAGCACUGUUCGGAAACUAGUGUUAGAUAGAUACUAAACACCUCGGUCUUCUUCAUAUCCUUGUAAUGUUAGUUGAAAGACUUCGCUUUUGAAGAAGAAUCUAUCGGAAUUGCAUUCUAGCACUGUGAUA